CCCACUCGCCCACUCGCCCACUCGCCCACUCGCCCACUCGCCCACUCGCCCACUCGCCCACUCCAUCCGAUCACUGUGCUCUCUCGUCUGAACAUCCAUCACUCCGCCAAGUCAGCAACACCAGCACCAGCACCCACUACGCUGGAUUAACAUUCAACAGCAUCAAAGCACCUGCAUCUGCACCGCGACCAGCAAAACCAUCGUCGUCGCCCUCUUUCUCGCCGUCCCCCUCAUUCUCGUCUUCCCAUGUAGCUGCUGAGAAGACGCUCUCUUCUACUCGCCUUCCCACACACGUCCGCUCGACAAUCCAGAGCUUUGUUCUCUACCACACUCGUUUCCCCUUCUCUUCUCCUUUCACGACAUUGAUGCGACCGUAGAGCAGUCUCCCCGUCAUACUCGACUUCACGACCACCCACCGGGGACAGACAGCAACUCGAACACAUUCACAAUACCCUUCCGCAUCCUUUGACACACCAGAAAGCACAACCCGUGCUACUUACCUUAUUACCCGCCAAUUUACCCUUUCAGCAUACCUUUGUCGUCGAGCAGGCUCUCUCGAUCUCUAAGGCCUGACCUUCUCUCACCAUUCAUCCUGAGCCUCACCUUCGACGUCAACACGUUGCGACCGGUCACUCGUAUUGCCAGGCACUGAGAUCUAUUGAUCAAUUCAGGUGUUUGUGAGCGGAUAUAAUCGUAAUAAAGACGUUGACGUCCCCUACAUAAUGGCUUAUGUAUUUGAGCCAGGUUCGUUGUUCCGUUGCUCCUUUUAUCCAAACACUGUUUUCUAAUCUUGUUACAGCCCAAUUCGGCUCCCUCUUUCGAAGAUGUGUGAGUUGUGAUGAGAACGCGGUCGUUUCCUGCCCGGAAUCUUGCGACAAAGGUCUGGUGUGUGGUCAGAUUCCACUCACUUGCGAUGUUUGCCAGCAUACUGCGUGUGUAGAAGAUCCGAACGCUUCAACUUCAACCCUGCCUGCAUCACCACGCCGUUCUCCUAACGGGGGCGCAAUUGCUGGUGGAGUAAUUGGAGGACUUGCCGUCAUUGCAAUCGCUACUUAUUUGGUUUGGAGGUUUUGCAUCAAGACGAAAAGGCAGCAAUAUGAGCAGGAUAAUUGGGUCGACGAACAGGAUGAGCAAACUCAGGCCGAGAAGGACUUCACGAUGCGACGAGAUGCAAGAGCUUCGACUCACACAGUAGGGUCAAUCGCUUCGACUGUUCUUACCCGGGCAUCCAAUAUCAUUCAAAUCGCAUAUAUUCCUGGCGUUACGAACCGAUCCAAUCCAUCAACUCCUGGUCUUCUCGUUCCACCCGUUCCACCGAUUCCCAUUGCCUUAUCCGCCGCGAGCAGUCCAUACGAACAGGAGCACUUCUUCAUGCCUGGUGACUUGACCCGUGAUUCCACAUACUCGGGUGUUAGCGACGCACGUACAUCGUAUGCUCGAAACAGUGUUGCCUCAACUAUUUACGGGAAGAAUGCCGUUGUGUCUCCAGUGCCUGCCCAGACUGUUAUUAGAGGAAAGGCUGCAGUUGUCAGUGUCAAGUCCAAUGGUGCAGCCGGCGAAAUAACACCACCCGUCCCAAGUGUUGAUUUUAAUAAGUAUGGUGCGGCACGACCGCCUAGCCCUGCUUUCUCUGUUGGAUCUACCUUCUUGAACAGCGCCAAUACUGCCACGCAAGUGAAGCCAUUGGUUGUGCGAGUCCCCAACAAGAAGCAGCCGCAGCACAACUCAACAGCGUACACGACUUCAGAAUAUUCAGCGGGAAGACUGCAAGAGGAAAGCUUACUCGACCGUGAGUCGCAAGCAAUCACUAUCAUCGACGAUACACCGACGAUGUAUAACACUCCAAACCUGCAAGGGGGACCAUUCCGGGACCCAAUUGUCCCUCGGGUGGCAAGUACCAGCUCCCUCAGCGCCAUGACGACCAGAUCCAAGGAGAGUCGAGCCGAGAAAUCCACCCCAUUUGGUGAUGAACACAAAAUCAAGGACUAG